GGCUCAGUCUCGUUUUCUCUCUCUCUCUCUCUCUCUCUCUCUCUCUCUCUGCUCUCAUCCUGAGUCACACUCUUCGGUUUCUUCUCUCCGACAGGUCACCAUGAACAGGAAGCUCAGUUCUAAGUCUGGGAGCGGGGCUAGGGGUUUCAGUGGACGCUCUGCGACCACCAUCAUCACUUCCGGUGGCAACAGAGCGGGUUUCAGUUCAGCUUCUUUGUCUCGCGCUGGGAGAAGAAGUGGAGGGUACGGUGGUGGUUUUGGCAGCAGAAGCCUCCAUAGCCUGGGCGGAAACAAAAGCACUUCCAUCCGCAUAGGGGGUGGAGGCUUCCGGAGCGUGGGGCUUGGAUUCGGUGGUGGUGGAGGUGGAUUCAGCGGUGCUGGUUGUGGUGGUGGUGGUGGAUUUGGUGGCAGUAGUGGAUUUGUCUCUAGUGGGUAUGUCAGUGGGGGAUACGGGGUUGGUGGGGGAUACGGUGGCAGUGGGCUCGGUGGCGGAGGCUUUGGUGGUGGCAGAGCUGGCCCUGUUUUGUCUCCUGGCGGCAUCCAGCAAGUCACCGUCAACCCCAACCUCCUGGCGCCCCUCAACAUCGAAAUUGACCCGGAAGUCCAGAAAGUGAAAGUGCAGGAAAGGGAGCAGAUCAAGACCCUCAACAACGAAUUUGCAUCCUUCAUCGACAAGGUUCGAUUCCUGGAGCAGCAGAAUAAGGUGCUGGAGACCAAAUGGGACCUCUUGCAGCAGCAGGGCACCACAAUCACUAAGAUCCCUAUCGACCCCCUUUUUGAGGCAUAUAUCAGCAGCCUGAGGCGGCACCUAGAUAGCCUAGUAACUGACAGAGGUCGGCUAGAUGGAGAGCUGAGGGAAGUGCAGGAUCUUGUGGAAGAUUUCAGAAAGAAAUUUGAAGAGGAAAUCCACAGGCGCACAUCUGCAGAAAAUGAAUUUGUGGUGCUCAAAAAGGAAGUGGAUGCUGCCUACACGAAAAAAGUGGAGCUUCAAGCAAAGGUGGAUUCCCUCAUUGAUGAGAUAAACUUCCUGCGAGCUGUCUAUGAAGCGGAACUAGCUCAGGUGCAAGGACAGAUCAGAGACACCAACGUCAUCCUGCAAAUGGACAACAACCGAGAUUUGGAUCUGAACAGCAUCAUUGCCGAAGUCAAAGCUCAGUAUGAAGACAUUGCUAACAGGAGCCGGGCUGAGGCGGAGGCUUGGUACCAAAGUAGGUAUGAAGAGCUUCAGGUCACGGCCACGACACAUGGUGAAGACCUGAAGGUCACCAGGAAUGAGAUCUCUGAAGUGAGCCGGGUGAUCCAGAGGCUGAAAGCUGAAUUAGAUAGUGUGAAAAAACAGAUUGCUGGGCUGCAAACGGCCAUUGCCGAUGCUGAGCAACGCGGGGAGCUGGCCCUAAAAGAUGCCCAGGGUAAGCUUGCUGAUCUUCAGAACGCCCUUCAGACCACCAAGGAUGAACUGGCUCGUUUGCUGCGUGAUUACCAGGAGCUGAUGAACGUCAAGCUGGCCCUGGAUAUUGAGAUUGCCACCUACAGGAAACUGCUGGAGGGAGAAGAAUGCAGGAUGUCUGGAGAAUAUGCUGAUCCUGUGAGCAUCUCUGUGGUCAGCAGCACGACCAGCGUAGCUGGCAGCGGUGGCGGAGUUGGAAGCGGAUAUGUCCUUGGUGGAGGAGGUGGAGGUCGUGGAAGUGGCCUCAGUCUUGGUGGUGGCGGAGGCAGUUUCGGCCUUGGAAUUGGCAGUGGGAGUGGUUUUGGAAUUGGUGGCAAGAGUGGGAUCAGUGUUGGUGGAAGUGGGAUUGGUUUAGGAGGAAGCGGUUUUGGCUAUGGAGGGGGGGUCACUUCGGGAGGGGGAAGCAGCUCUAGCGUAAAAUAUGUCUCGACAUCCUCUUCAUCAAGCAAAAAAUUAAUUAGAUAGAGUGUAAAAACUCAACUCAGGGACCUUUGAAUUAACCCAGGUUUUUGCUGCUUGGCGACGGAAACUCCCACCCCACCUUUCAACAUUCAUGGGGAAAAAACCCCUCAUCUUGGGACAAAAUUUUACCCUCAGUUGCACUGAAGUCAAUAGGUCUGAAUGGGAGUAACUGAGAGAGUAGAGAUGGCAUCUGACCCAUUGCUCAUUGGGAAACUGAGAGAACUGUAGCAGCGCGGAUAUAUUUUCCUAUAGCUUUGCCUCAUUCAGGACUUGGCUCUGUUGUCAAUUGCACCUAUUUUAGUCCAGUGUAGUGCCUGGGGGCCUGAUUCUCCUCUCCCUUAUGUUUGUUCUGCACUGGUGUAAUUCCAUCACGUCCGAUUCUCCGUUGCCCUGCCGUGGUGCAAUGUGUGUGUGAGACUCCCCGUAAAUAGCUGCACAGGAUAGCAGAGAAUCAGGACCGUUGACGAACUCCUGACUUACGCCAGUGUAAGUGAAAUCAGAGUCAGGCCCUACGUUUUCAGCGUUCUGGUUGCUGUGGAUGUCCAAGGUUAUUUCCACACUCAUGAAGUAACCCUGGGUUUUUCCACUCCGCCACUUUCUCCUGAAUUUCACUGCAUCAGCUCAUAUGUGUUUCAGGGCUUGGUCAGGACAAGGAAUACGGUGAAUUGUCCUGGCUUUCCGCAGAGGGCAUGAAUCCCACCCAUUUAGCAUCAUGAACGUUAAUAGAGGCCCUGAGUCAACGUGUCCCUCCUAUUUCCUUUCCGCGGGCCCACUCCUGUGUGAUGUUCAUAAGAUGCCUCAUUCUUGUUAAAGGACCGGCUGCUUUUCACUCUGUGCAUCACCAAUAAACUGCAUUGUGUC